AUGGAGCCCCCUUUAAGCAAGAGGAAUCCAGCGAUAAGAUUAGCGGAUUUGGCAGCGACUCAACCCCAUCCUCAUCAGAAUAUGACAGGCUUCCCGGGGCUAGGGGGGCAUCACCCUCUCUCCCACCAUGCCCACCUCCACCCUGGGGAGCUGGGCAACGACCCCGGAGUGGCACUCACUCCAUUUGGACCAGAGCACAUGGCACAGACAAAUGCUCUCAAACUUAGCCCAUCUCAGCACAUUCAGAGCCAUCCCGAAGCCCAGACCGCGGCAUCUUUCACUUCUGCUCAGACCACAGUUGGUUUCCCCGUGGCUCACCCCCACUCAGGCUACUCAAGCAGCAGGGACUUCAUCCUCAGGAGAGAACUCUCAGCCUCUGCUAUGCAUGCACUUGGCGACCAGCAUAGUUCCGCCUCCUCCCCUCAUCACCAUGGCAUGUUCAUCUCCCCAACAGGUGCUUAUGGGCACGCGGAAAGUGGGGCCCAUUCACUUUUUACUGGACUUCACGACCAAGCGUCCCAAGGUGUCCACCACCAUGCCCUCAACGGGCAGAUGCGCCUGGGUAUACCGGGGGACAUCUACGGCAGGCCAGAGCACUUCGGGCACAGGCCAGAGCACUAUGGACCCUCUUCUCUCCACAGCUACAACUCCAUGAACCUCAAUGUGAACAUCGCUUCUGCUCCUCACGGAGCGGCGGGGGCGUUUUUAAGAUACAUGCGGCAGCCCAUCAAGCAAGAGCUGAUCUGCAAAUGGAUUGACCAGGAGGUGAGUCAGAAGAAGCCCUGCUCCAAAACUUACAGCACCAUGCACGAGCUGGUCAACCACGUCACGGUGGAGCAUGUCGGGGGACCGGAGCAGAGCAGCCACGUCUGUUUUUGGGAUGAGUGUCCACGCGAGGGAAAGGCGUUCAAAGCGAAGUACAAACUGAUCAACCACAUCCGAGUUCACACGGGAGAGAAGCCGUUCCCGUGUCCUUUCCCGGGAUGUGGCAAAGUGUUCGCUCGCUCGGAGAAUUUAAAGAUUCACAAGAGGACUCAUACAGGAGAGAAACCGUUCAAGUGCGAGUUCGAAGGCUGCGACCGAAAAUUCGCCAACAGCAGCGACCGGAAGAAGCACUCCCACGUCCACACCAGCGACAAGCCGUACUACUGCAAAGUGCGCGGCUGCGACAAGUCCUACACGCACCCGAGCUCGCUGCGGAAGCACAUGAAGGUGCACUGCAAGUCGCCGCCGCCCCCGUCCACCGGCGUCACCUACAUCUCCUCCACGAACCCCCUCGGCGACCCCCUCUCGCCCCACUCCGACGUGCACAGGAACCGCUCCGCGAACCUCUCCCCUCAGGUCACCAACCUCAACGAGUGGUACGUGUGCCAGGGGAGCGGCGGGCCCAACCACCUCCACACCCCCUCCAGCGACGUGCCAACGUCCGACUCGGACGACGAGGACUCUUUCAGACACACAGACCCGAGGACGAUGCUCUGA